AUGUUCAAUUUCCUAAAGGAUUUUUUAUUGGAUAGAUCAUUCCAAGGUCUACUAUAUCAGUUACUCUAUUUCUUAUCGCCAUCAACGAGAAAUACAAGCGAGAAUAUUAAGUUUCCGGUUCAAUCUACACUUUUUGCAGACGAUUUAAAUAUCCUCUGCAGAGGAAAAAACCCAAAUUCCAUCCAAUCAGCCCUACAGGAUACACUUGACUCAUUAUUAAAAUGGUCCACUAAAACCGGCUUCACUUUCUCCGCCACAAAAUCUCGCUGCACGCUCUUUACCAGGCUCAGAAAAUAUAACAAUUUAGAAGUAAAGUUAAACAACAUACCAAUACCAUAUACUAAAAUCAUUAAGAUCCUCGGAAUUACUUUCGACAACAAGAAUACAUGGCAGGCCCACUUAAAAGAUAUCAGAAAAGCAACUCUAAUAAAAUUGAACAUCAUCAAAUCAUUAGCUCACACCUCGUGGGGAGCAAACGGAACCACUCUUAAACAAAUAUAUAAAUCUCUCAUUUUAUCUAAAUUAGAAUAUGGUGCUUUCAUCUACAUUGACGCUAAACAAUCUGCACUCAAAAUGAUAGAGACUAUUCAUAACUCAGGUCUAAGACUUGCCACAGGUGCAUUCCGUUCCAGCCCUAUCUCAAGCAUUCUCAAUAUUGCAAACACACUUCCUCUUGACCUAAGGAGAAUGCAAAACUCCACACUUCAAAAGGCUAGAAGAAUACAUAAUAACACUACCUCUAACUUAGAAAAUACAAUAAAGCUCAACAACUUCAAGUUCAAUUGUUCAGGAGUACUUAAACACGAGCAUGCUAUCACUCCUCCUUGGGUGAUGGAACUUCACUCUAAUACUGAUCUCUCUCAACACAUCAAAAGUGAGACUAUGGACUAUACUUUUAGAAAUCUGACACUUUCAUUACUUGAAGACUAUCAGGAUUACAUCAAGUUUUACACCGACGGUUCCAAAACUGAAGCAGGAGUUGGGGCAUCGCCAUAUAUCGGAAUCCCUGGCAACGAAACAGCAGACACCUACGCUAAAAGAGCCAUAACCUCCCCCGAAGCCUCCUUAGUGCAAAUCUGCUCCCUGGGCGAUAUCAAGGGAGUAUUACAGUCCCUGACGCUGCAACAGUGGCAGCAUCGUUGGACAUCAUCACUCACGAAAUUAAAUGUUAUCAAACCUUCCAUCAACCCUUGGCCAACACUCACCACCAAGAGACGUCAUGAAGUCAUAGUCAACCGACUUAGAAUCGGCCAUACGUGGCUUACACAUAACUUCCUCAUGAGACAUGAAGAUCCAACCCAAUGCACAACCUGCGGGGAAAUCAUCACCGUCGAACACGUUCUUCUUCACUGCCGGAAAUACGCGGAUACCAAAACCUCUCUAAAUAUCCCGGACCACCUCUACGAAAUACUCGGACCCGACCUCAAAAACUUCAAUAACACCCUAAUGUUUUUACAGCAAACAAAACUGUACAACCUUAUUUAA